AAUGUACAAAUGGUGAAUUUGCAGGAUCCUACGAAUCAGUGGAGAGGGUGGUUGAGAACAGGCAAAGUGUCCUAAGAAUAUCUGUUUCCAUUGAUAGUGGCAGGAGACUGAGAGGGGAAGAAGUGGAGAGUGUGGGAAACAAGACGGAAUCAAUCUCAUUGUGGUUCUCUUUCCUCUUAGCUCUGAAGAUUCUUGUUUUUGCAAACAAGAGGGCAGUGCAUGAAGCCAGGGGUCAUCAGCCAUGCUCCAGACAGUAUGGUUCCAGGUGAGCCGAGCUUUUUUCCAGCUUUCCAUAUUCAGAACAGAUGUGAAAGUUCACUACAGCUUCAAUAGCCUGACUUGGCCAGUCCCAUGCUGAGCUUUGCAUCCCUCAAUAGAGUAUGGCAAAGGAGUAUGCUAGGGGCGUUGAUGAAGAAGAGUAGGUAAAUUUGGGAGGAUUGAAUUGAUUCAGAAAGAAGGAAAGAAUUCUAGAAAAUGAGAAUCAGCAUCCAUGAAAACUCAAAGUGUGGUCCAUAGGUGAGCAGCUUCUGCAUCACCAGGGCGCUUGGUAGGCAGAAUUUCAGGUCCCAUUCCCAAUUUCUUAAAUCAGAAUCUACGUUUUUUACAAGAUCUAGGGAGUUAAUCAGCAAGUUAAAAUUUGAGGAGUGCUUGUCUACAUCACAGUACACAGAGGAAAGCCACCUUCUGAUAUUUAACAGGCACUCCCAGGGGAGGAGUUUGCCCUGCAGACCACCCAGUUGUAACUGGGAGCAUUUGGAAGGUGUAGAUUGAUGAGGGAGGUGUAUUCUUGGAGGAACGCUCAGUUUGGAGCUGAAGUCAGUGCCUUUAGCCCAUUGCAAAGAUGGCAGCAUAAACUCUAUGAGAGCCUGUAUCCUUUGUUGACACAAAUUCAUGCAGCAGUGAGAGCAGUGUCCCUCCAGAGUUUUCUGUGUGAUAGUGGAUGAUGUCACUGGAUUUUUCUCCAGUGUUCUAGAUCAUGUAAUGAGAAGCUGAGUGUAUCAUGUAAUGGACAUAUGUAAUGAGAAAGCUCCAUCCCAAAGACUUAACAGCAAUGUGUAUGUGCUCCUUUUUGUGGAUAUUGGAUAUUGGACCACCUACGUCUGUUUGAGCACUUCAGCCAAAAUUAGUUCCUAUAAGUCAGGAAAUGUUUAAACAUCUGGAUGGAGUAGGCUGCUCUCCUAGUGCUUUGUCUGAAGUACAGUAGUUACUUAGGAUUAGGUUCUACUAAGAAAAUCCCAAGUGACAGUGGCUUAAACAAGGUAGAGCCUUCUCUGUCAUGCCAAAGAAGUCUAUAAGAGUCAGUCCAGGACUAGUGUAGCAGCUCCACUAUUAUCCUGGUCUCGGGCUCUUUCUGUCUUUCUGCUCUACCAUCCUAGCACUGUCUCACAUGCUCUAGGCCACUUUAUGGUCCAAGAUGGCCACUGAUCUCUAGCCAUCACGUGUGCAUUCCAGCUAGAAGAGGAGAUGCCAGAAAAGUUGAACCUUUCUUUUUUAGGAAGCUUCUAGAAGUCACUGAUAAUAUACUUGCAUUUCAUUGGCCUCACUUAGUUGCCAGGGCUGAGUGCAACCUCAAGUAAAAUUAGGGUUCUAUUACUAAGGAAGAAAGGGAGUAUAUACACACACGCAAACAGAUGCACACACCUGUUCAUCUUUGAUCUAAUUUCUAUGAGGAAUACUUGUCAUUUAGAAUCUUCUAGGAAAUUCCCCCAGUCUUAUCUGUGGUUGUAACAAGUGCUGAGGUUAUAUGACAUCAUGUGCCAGGUGAUGUUUUAGUGCUUUGUACAUAUUAACUCAUUUUACCCUUAUAAGAGCCCUAUCAGAUAGUUAUUUCUGUUAUCCCAGUUUUACAAAUGGGGCAACUGAGGCACAAAAAGGUUAAGUAUCUCAUCCAGGGUCACAUAGUUAAUGAGUAUCAGGGAUGGGAUUUGAUCCUAGGGAGUCUGGCUCUAGACCAGGGUUUUCAACCUUGGUGCUAUUUACUUUUCAUGCCAGGCAGUUCUUUAUUUUGGGUAUACAUUGUAGGAUGUUCAUCAACAUUUCUGGCCACUAUCUAUUAGAUGCUAGUACCACUUCCACCACCACCAUGCUGCAGUUGUGGCAACUCCAGAUAUUGCCACAUAGCCCCUGGGGGGCAAAAUUACCCCCAUAUUGAGAACCACAUAGUUCUAAAUGUCUGUGCUGUUUGUCAUUAUGCUGUGCUGCCUCUGUAACCUGCUUCCAGUACAGGGGAAUCAACAGCUGCACCUAAUAAUGGAGAAAGGAGUAAGUGCAAGCAAUGGAGAGAAGCAGAGUGAUCAUGGAUGGAACAGGAUGUUGAGAAGCUAAAUGUUUUAGGAAACAAAGAACCAAAGAAUGUAUUGAUAAUUAGAGAGUUGUCUCAUAGGUGUGGGGGGUAGAGCAUAAUGUGAGGAAAGGUGAGGUCCAUGUUCCCAGCUGUUGACUCUGAAGGAAGUAAGAGCAUUAACAUUUGGAGUCAGUGAAGUAUCUGUUCUGUACUGUCCAAUAAACUACCCCCGAGCUACAUGUGUCUAUUUAAAUUAAAAUCAAUUAAAAUGAAAAAUUUAGUUCCUCAGUCACACUAGCCGUAUAUGAACUUCCUUGUCUAUGUGUUAUCUGAUUUCUUUACUGUAUAGUUACUGUUUUCCUUUUGCAACUAAUAAGUAAUUUAUGGGGAGACAUUUAAGGUCAUGCAAAUAUUGUGCUUCUCAUCCAAAUUUCUUCCUAGAUUUAGCAUCCACUGAUGAUUUUUGGGCAAACCAAUCUUUACAAUGAUGACUAUGGAUUUUCUAGUACUUCCGGAGAUAUCUUUCUUCCACCCAGAAGAGACUAAGCACAAAGAGAAGCUUGCUAACAUGAUGAACUGGGAUAGAGUACAGUGUGAGUCAGAGAGAAAUGUUAUAGUAGGACUAAUUUACAUAAAAGUGGUUAGUUCAUUUUGAAGUUUUUGCUUCCUUGUACAACCCUGUAAUAGAUACUUAGAUAAAAAGGACUCCCCUUAAUCCAUUUCAAGGUGCUUGAUAUUGCUGAUUCCCCUCAUCUGAAAAGGGGAAUAAUAAUUCUUACUUCACAGAUGUAUUAUUGUGAUUGAACAACUUGAUGUAAAAGUAACUGACACAGGCACACAGCCCUAAACAACCCGUGAUGGUUUCCUUCUUCCUUGAGAAGUUGGAGAUGGUUCUAGUGGGAGGCAGAGAGAGAUACAGAUGGUGAAGAGGACAGCAUUGGCAAGUCUGGCAGAGCUUAGAUGAUCAGGGGACAGAUCUCGGCACAAAGAUGGGAGACUGCCAUCCUGUCCCUGGAGUCAAGUGUGCUAGGAGAUGAGGGAGUGACACUGUACAUUGCCUUCAAGGGAGAACCAGCAUUUUCUGAUACGGCAAGGUGGUAGAAAGAGGGAGAAAUAUCCAGAAUGAAUAUCCCCCUAGGAAUUACUCCUCUGUCUGUAGGAGAAGAUGUGGAGGAGGAAAACCAGAGAGAAGCUGAGUGGAAGGUCCUGACAGGUACUUCAGGAUGGAUGGAGGCAGGUUGAAAAAGACAGGUACCCGCUGUGGUUGAUUUAAAAAACAUGCCAGAAAAAUAUACCUGGCUUGUGGAACCAGACAUAGGUUGAGAUGAUCACCAAGCAGAGAACAGCAGGUGCUGGACUGUGUGCUUAUUGAUUAUUAUUGGAGCCCCAGAGGUGUGGACAUGAAAGUGGGAAAGUAGCUGAGGGCUUCCCUUGACUAGGGUGCUGUGUGUCUCUCCCCACCAGUAUAAACCUUCCUUGGGGCUCAGAGCCAUGGAGUCUAUUAGAUUUAUCCCUUCCCUGCAAUUCAGGUCCUUCCCCCUGCUCAUAUGCAGGGCUUGAGCAGGAACCUGUUGUUUCAGGAGCCAGUGACCUUUGAGGACGUGGCUGUGUACUUCACCCAGAAUGAAUGGGCCAGCCUGGACCCUGUGCAGAGGGCCCUGUACAGGGAGGUGAUGCUGGAGAAUUAUGCAAAUGCAGCUUCCUUGUCAUUUCCACUUCUCAAGCCAGAUCUGAUUUUCCAGCUGGAACAAGGAGAAGCACCAUGGGGCCUGGACCCCUGGACAUCUGCUGGGGGAGAGGUCUUGAGAGGCAUGUGCACAGGUGAUAAAACCAAGACGAAGAAGGAAGAACAAGCUCCCAAACUAAACAUUUCUAAAGGAUCAGAGUCUCAUGGACUGCCAGUGGAGGGGCUGAUGGACAGUCCCCAGUACCCUUACUUCAAGGACAGGUUAGAGAAGUCACAAUUAUAUGACACAGAGAAGAAAACAAACUUAAAGAAAGGAGAUUGCACAGGUUUGACAGUCCAGGAUCCUAAUUCCUCCACUAUUAAAAGAGAGGGGAUAGCCAAGAAAUUGGAAGAAAGCAGUAGUGUCAGCACACAUCUCAUUACAAAGCAGGGCCUUCCUAGAGAACAGGUGUUUUAUAAAUGCAGUGAGUGCGGUAGUUACUACAACCCCCAGUCAGACCUUCACCAGCAUCAGAGAAUUCAUACUGACAAAAAGCCCUACAAAUGCAAAGAAUGUGGGAAAACCUUCAGAUAUAACUCAAAACUGUCACGGCAUCAGAAAAUUCACACUGGGGAAAAACCAUAUUCGUGUGAGGAAUGUGGGCAAGCCUUCAGUCAAAAUUCCCACCUUCUUCAACAUCAGAAACUCCAUGGUGGAGAGAGGCCCUAUGAGUGUACAGAGUGUGGGAAAACCUUCAGCUACAAUUCAAAACUGAUUCGGCAUCAGAAAAUCCACACUGGGGAGAAGCCCUUUAAAUGUAAGGAGUGUGGGAAGGCAUUCAGAUGUCGCUAUGACUGCAUCAUCCACGAGCGAAUUCACACUGGGGAGAAACCCUAUGAAUGUAUGGAGUGUGGGAAAGGUUUCAGUUCUAAUUCAGUCCUGAUUCAGCAUCAGAGAAUCCAUACUGGGGAGAAACCUUAUGAAUGUAAAGAGUGUGGCAAGGCCUUUCGCCGCAGUUCAGUAUUUCUUCAGCAUCAGAGGUUCCACACUGGGGAAAAACUUUACAAGUGUAAUGAAUGUUGGAAAACUUUUAGUUGUAGCUCCCGCUUCAUAGUGCAUCAGAGAAUCCACACUGGGGAGAGACCUUAUGAAUGCCAGGAGUGUGGGAAGACAUUUAAUCAGAAAAUCACCCUGGUUCAGCACCAGCGAGUUCACACAGGGGAGAAACCUUAUGAGUGUAAGGAGUGUGGGAAAGCCUUCAAAUGGAGUGCAAGUUUCAUUCAGCAUCAGAAGUUGCAUAUCAGGAAGAAACUUGUCCAGGGUACAGGGCCAUCUGCAGUUAAGCUCCACUGCCCCUCUCCAGUGCUCUCCCCUUUGCCUCACCAGAGUGUGUGCUCUGCCUCAGCCCUACCGGGGCCUCCCCCAUCUUCUCCACGUGCCGAACUACUUCCUCCCUCUGUGCCUCUCUUCCUGCUGCUCUCUUCACCUGCAAUGGCCAACUCUUCACCCGUCCAAAUAGUACAUUUCUUUCAGGAUCUCGUUUCAUCUGUGAAGUCAUCUCCUUAUAGGCUGAAUCUUUUGUCUCACUCCCCGUGAGUUCCCUCAUGUGCUCAACUCCCAUUGCAUCUCAAGUUAUCAGGGUUUCCACUGGGCUCUUGAUCAUGUCUGUAUUGGUCUUUCUUAUAUAAGUCAUUAUUAUUUUCCCAACUUCAUUUUAAGUUCUCAGACUGAAGGACCAUGCUUGAUUACUCUCUUUUAUCCCCUGGGUAGGAAAUGGCAAUAUUUGCUAUUUAUAGUAUACAGUUUUGGUUUAUGCUAUGAGUCUGCAUCUGUCUUCUGGGGCUACUGGAGUUGGAUGAGUUUGCAGAACACUUUAGGUUUUAGGGGAUAUGGCAUUAUGAUGGGAUGGACCAUUGUAUAA